AUGGAUGUCAUCGGUCCUAUUGAUCCAGCCGCAUCAAAUGGACACAGGUUCAUUUUGGUAGCUAUCGAUUACUUCACGAAAUGGGUAGAAGCCUCUUCACAUAAGUCUGGGACAAAGAAGGUGGUGACAGAUUUUAUUCGCUGUAACAUAGUUUGUAGAUUUGGCAUCCCUCAUUCGAUUAUAAUAGAUAAUGAAGCUAAUCUCAAUAGCGGUUUGAUGCAUGAGAUAUAUGAGAAGUUCAAAAUUAUUCACCGCAAUUCCACUCCUUAUCCACCUCAGAUGAAUGGAGCAUUUGAGGCUGCCAACAAGAAUAUCAAAAGAAUAUUGCGGAAGAUGAUUGAUAAUUAUAAGCAUUGGAAUGAGAAUUUGUCAUUUGCCCUCCUCGGCUAUCGCACAAUUAUUAGGACUUCGACUGGGGCAACACCUUAUCUUUUGGUUUAUAGGACAGAAGCAUUGAUGCUCAUUGAUGAAAAGAGAAUGAAUGCAGUUUGUCAUGGACAACUCUAUCAACACAGGAUGGCUAAAGCUUUCAAUAAAAAGAUAAGACUGAGACAGUUCAAAUCGGGACAAUUGGUUUUAAAAAGGAUAUUCCCACACCAAGAUGAAGCUAAAGGGAAGUUUGCGCCUAAUUGGCAAGGACCUUAUGUGGUUCACAUAGUAUUAACUGGAGGAGCAUUGAUUCUAGCAGAAAUGGACGGAAAGAUAUGGCCAAAAGCCAUCAAUUCAGAUGCGGUUAAGAAAUACUAUGUCUAA